GAAUCAAUGAAGUCAGCGGUCAUUACAAAAAUUUUGAUAAUACAGUCAGUCAGUCAGUCAGGCAGUCAAUCAGCAUUAAAAAUGUGCCUAUUACUUUACUUAUGUACCAUUUUACCUUGCACAGCCUAUACAACAACAACAACAACAAAAAUAUGCAAAUAAUAAAGCAGUUUUUAAGGAAGAAUUUAUAACCUUAAUCAGAAUAAUCAAAAUAAUAAUAAGAAGAAAAAGAAUAGAAUUUAACUUUGCCUUUUUCAUUCAAUAUUGUACACACUAAAGAAUUAUAUAUAAAUGUAAAUAUUUGGCAGAAGCAGUUAAUAACUAUGUUUUGUGGAAGUUUAAACACAAUAUAUAUAUUCUGAAUGAAAGGUUUCACAUUUAACAAAUCAAUAAUUACCUGAUCAGAUCAAUAAUAAUAACAAUAUUUCAUGACAUCGUCAACAACAUCAGCCUAUCAUAUCCCUGUGAAUAAUGAACGCUCUAAUCGAAUAAUGAAUUCAUCAACACGAAAUACUCCGCGAAUGAUCAUGUCUGAUACAACAACGACACCGCCACCACCAUCGAACAAUAACAAUAGUAAUAAUAAUAAUAACUUAGUGAACACAGUGAUGAAUGAUAGUAGUAUGCGUGUUGGUACUCCAGGAAGCAGUGGUUACGGGAGUGGAAAUGAACUGACAACUGGUAACAGUACACAAUCAACCUCUCCGAUUGGAUCCACACCAAGAAUAUUUGGUAAUUGUGCUGAAUGCAGUUUGAGAAUUGUUAAUUUGACGGAUGCAUGUUAUGCUAUGGGAUAUUUAUAUCAUAAUUCAUGUUUUGUUUGCUGUUGUUGCAAGAGAACUUUACGUGGGAAAGUCUUCUACAAGGAUCAAGAUAAAAUCUAUUGUGAAGAAGAUUAUCUGUAUUGUGGUUUUCAACAGACAGUGGAGAAAUGUUUCGCUUGUGGACAUAUAAUAGCUGAAACUAUUCUUUUAGCCAUGGGCAAUACAUAUCAUCCAGGAUGUUUCCGAUGUUGUAUAUGUACAAAGUGCUUGGAUGGAAUACCAUUUACAGUGGACUCACGUAAUUUAAUCUACUGCCUACCAGAUUAUCAUCUCGUUUAUGGUCCAUUGUGCGCUGUCUGUGGAUUAGUGAUUACGCCAGAAGAGGGUUCAGAUGAAGUUCGACGAGUUGUAGCUCUUGGUAAAGAAUUUCACAUUGACUGUUAUCGUUGUAUUGAUUGUAAACGAUGCUUAAGUGAUGAACCAGAGAAACGUUGUUAUCCAUUCAAUGAACCAGAUCCUGGAGCACCCGGCCGAAGUGUACAACGUAUGCUAUGCUUAAAUUGUCAUUUACAACGAAUUGGUGCUAUUCCAGCAACAUCAGCUGGUGGAAUUGUAAAUAGUAAUAAUAACAGCAGCAGUAGUAAUACUACUAAUAAUGCUAUCAGUAGUAUUAGUAGUGGUCAUACAAAAUCAACAAGUGGAAUUCUAAAUUAUUCUGCUUCUAAUAACCACCAUAUGAACAAUUCAGGCGGUCGUUAUUCGACUAUGCCAAAUCGUGUUCAAGGUUCAAAAUUGAACACAUUGAACACGAGUACAGUCAGCCCGCCUAGUUCAACUCCGUCUUCUUCCCAUCAUCAUCAUCACCACUAUCCACAUCAUCAACAACCUUAUCAGUUGAAUACAUCUUUGACAACAUCGACUUAUCAAACAACACCGCAUAUUCAUAGUGCACACAGUACAUCAAAUUCACUUGGAGUCAAGCCUCGAAGUACUAAUGGUAAUAAUAUUACUAAUAAUACGAAUAAUUAUGCAAUUAAUUGGGAAAGAGCAAGAAUGAAUGGUGCAAAUAAUGCUGCGAAUCAUCUGCAUCACGGGGAAAGUAGUAGAAGUUAUCAUAAUUCCUUCGAGACUAAAAGUUAACCAGUACAAGUCUGUUUUAUUUCAUCAUUAUUACCAAUGUAUACAUUCAUUGUUUCACGCCGUCGAACCUUUAACCCUACUACUCUUCCCUACCCACCAUCUUCAUUUCGUGGAAAUACCGGCCCAUUGCUAUAUAUAUAUAUAUAAACAAUCAACUUCCAGCCAGUGAAUGAGUGAGCGAGUGAGCUCUGGGCGUGGAAACUCGCUUCGCUUAACUCUGUGUGUGUGUAUGUGUGUGACGAACAACCCAAUACUGGAGUAACUCAAAUGAGUUCUAACCCUAAUCUUGUUUUGUUUUUUGUAUUCAGCUAUAAAGUUUGUUCUAGUCGAAUGUCCUUUCACUAUUAUAUGUAUGAUGAAAUCAAAUCAAAUCACAUCGAAUAUAUAUAUAAACGCCAAAAUAUGCAUUUCAGACUAGCUAUAUUCAGAAAAAAACAGGCUAUUGAAAAUUGUUAUUAUUAUUAUUAUUAUUGUUAUUAUUACGCGUAAUUAUAUAAUAACUUCUAAUUGAAGAACAAUAAAGACAGACUGAACAAUUUCUUUUAUGCCUUAUUCUUCUCCUUCAACUUUUACACUGUCUAUAUCUGUUUGUCCCUGUCGCUGACUUUUCAAUCUACUUCUAAGAGGAUGAUGAAGAGUAUACAUUUUGGCGUCUUGUCUUCUCCCCUCCCCUCCCCCCGCCAAACUUGUUUUAUGUUGCUCUACACUUUUUUUACAAAUAUAUUAUUAUUUUAUCCUUUAAUUCCUAGAAGAACAUAGGGCUUCAGCUGCGCGUCUCCAUUGCCUUC